UAGCAUAAAAGGAGCGGUCGUUGCCCAAGGAUUUACACAUUCGCUCCACGCGCGUGGGAGCCCAAGGAACGGUAAUGCGGACUGCCGCUCGGCGAUCAGACCACCGGCGGGCGUCGAAGCGAAGUGUUAUUUUUCUAUAAUAACUUUUAAACCAAAACAUGUCGUUAGAAGCGAAAGUAUCUAGCCUCCAUGUGAUUUUGGUUUUAAUUUCCUUCGCGCCAUUACAAGGGGUGACAGUGAAGCCGGUGCGAUGUCCGACCAAUAAAAUAGCCCCUCACAAAAGGUCUCCAUAUGUGGGGCAGUACGGAACCGGCGGCGCCCGAACGCUCGGAGCGUUCUACGACUUGCUGAGCCCAGGCGGGCCGGGCGGGGCGCAGCUCGACCAGAGCGGGCUGCAGGAGCGGCCGCAGGAAGAUGACCCCGACGACUGUGGCGACAUCGAGGAUUAUGACGAGACGGACUUGAGUUCUCUCAACCAGCCGUACACAUAUCAAGUCAAUCAGCCGUACAACUACAACAACCGCUUCUUCUUCGGGGGUCUAUUCCGACCUGGCCAGGUGUCGAGUACUCCGCCGCCACGCCCGACGUACAAGCCCUCGGCCGCGCCCCCGUACUGGUCGGGCGGAUAUUUCAGCAACAACCAUUACCGGCCGCCGGUUCAACAAGAACCAUCAGACUACGUGAAACCCGUACACGAAGGUGCUCUCGAGAAUCAUUCGACAUAUCGUCCGGACAUCGUAGGAGGUCCGCUGGGGCACGUGGUAGGGCACCGUCCCGUGCAUGCCACCACCAGGCCGGACUACACCACCACCAAGAGGCUUCACCACCAAACGCGGUACCCACCGCGACCUACCCCAGACCCGACCUUCACCAGGCCAGCCACACACAGACCAAGAAUGUUCAACAACGACGGAAUACUCGGCUCAUUUAUCGAUCUACUACUAUUUAGAUGACUUAGUUGCAUAUUCUUAUUUAUUUCGCGUAGUUAAGUAAUGUAAUUGUUGUAGAGCCGAAACGCUCGUGGGUGACCUUUCGUUGUUGUAUUCUAGCAGAAAUACCAACACUUAACCUUUCACAUUACACGUCAUUUGCUUGAUGCUAAGACGAGCAGGAACUGAGCGUGUCAGUCCUAAAUGACGAUCGUUUUCAAUAUUAAUCUUGAUUAAGGUGUAAACGCAGUAGGUAUAAGGACAUACUCGCUGUACCCGAGCUCGCCGUGGGUUAGGUAGUAGGUACAGCUAAUCCAGCGUCUCGGAUAUCAUCCCACAUACUCGUAUCUCUAAUGGGGAGCGCGUGACAAACAUCGUUUUAAUGGAGACUAGUAAUGGUGUUUGUGAAUUUUCAUGUUCAUUUACCUCAUUAAUUCAUUAAAUAUAAGUGUGAAUGUGAUGUCACCGCGAGUGGUGGCUGCUGACUGUAAACGCUUUUGAGCGGCUCAAAAGUUCGCAUGUGUUUUACACCAGUGUCUGUGCUAUUGUGUUUUUCGUCAAUGUGAAGUUAAUUCAAUGAUUAAAAUAAAUACAAUGUUGUGGUUA